AUGGGACUACGUGACAACCGUGAGCAUCUGCUUCUAGUCCUCACCUUGGCCGGUGUUGUAGUAGGCUGUGUGGUGGGCUUCUCAUGCCGAUUGGCUCAUCCUUCCGACCAGGUCAUUGAAUACAUUGGGUUUCCCGGAAAUAUGCUCAUGAAUAUGCUCAAAAUGACUAUUUUGCCGCUGGUCGCGGCUAGCCUGAUUUCUGGUAUGUUUUUUUUCGUUUAGUAGUUAGCUGUCAUAAUGACUUCUAAAAAUGCUGUCAUACUGAUCUAAAAAAGUGAAAUACGUUUUUUGGUCUUAAUUACUUUAAAUUGAUAAGAAAACAAUAUAUAAGCAAUUUUAUCCUAAUUACCUUACCUUACCCUAUCUUACUCUAUCCUACCCUAACUUUACCAAAGCCUUUACAAGUAAAUUUACAUUUCUUUUACAUGUUAUUGAUUUUUCUGUUUUUUCUUAGUAUACCCUACCUUAUCCUAAAUUAAUAGCUGAAAACAAAAAUACAAGACAAAGCAUGGCAAUAAAGAACAAUAUUUAAGGUCUGUCCCAACUGGAUGCCAAGCAGUCCGGUCGUAUCGGAGGCUACGCGUUUUGCUAUUAUGGCCUAACAACAACAUUGGCCGUAUUCACUGGUAUCACACUGGUCUUGAUCAUUCAUCCUGGUGAUCCCAGCAUUCGAAACGAUGAUUUGAAGCCAAAACCAAUCGAGAGUACGAAUGUGACAGCUCUGGACAAGAUCAUGGACUUGGUGCGUAACAUGUUCCCGGACAACAUCGUACAAUCCUCGUUCAACACACUCGAAACCCGACAUGAAUACUUUACGGAUCACAAUGGUAACCAACAUCAACGUCUUAUCCCCGAGUACAAGAUGGGUAUGAACGUGCUCGGCAUCAUCGUGUUCUGCAUUGCCACAGGGCUGAUUAUCAGUUUUGUGGGCGAGAAAGCCAAGCCUUUGGCUGACUUCUUCAUAGCUUUGGAUGUAGUUAUCACCACUAUGGUAGGGCUGAUCAUGUGGUACUCUCCGAUUGGUAUAGCGUCGCUGAUUGCCGAGAAGAUUCUGGAGAUUGACGAUGUGUUCAAGACGGUAAAGACUUUGGCUAUGUACAUGGUUACGGUUGUUGCUGGUUUGGGGAUUCAUUUAUUCAUCACGAUACCUCUGAUUUACUUCAUUGCGUCGAGGAAGAACCCAUACGCUUAUAUGAAGGGGCUAGGACAAGCUAUGGCUACUGCGUUGGGUACUGGAUCGAGGUAAGGUUUUUGAGAUUUUUUUUAUAAAAAAUUGAUUUUUAAAAUUAAGAAAAAAAAUUUUGGCAAAAAAUCCACAGGGGGGACCAAAUAAAAUUUUUCAAAAAAUUUUUAAAUUUAAAAUUUGAACUAAUUUAAAAAUAAUCUACCAUACCCUACCAUACUUUAUGCUACCUUACCCUUUCCUACUCUCUCAACUACACAACCCUUGCUACUACCCUACCUUAUCCUUUAAAAAAUCAGGUAUCAUUUGGCAAAAAACUCCACAGGACCAAGCUGAAUUUUUUUGAAAAAUUGCAAUAACUUUGUUUCCAGUUUGUCAAAACUGAUGAAACUUUUUGACAUCAGUAAAUAUAGUAUUGUUAACAAUAUUUAUCAUUUAAAUUUUUAAAAAAGUAAAAAGUUUUAAAAACGGCAAUAACUUUUUUUUUUAAAUUAACUUUUUUUAAGAACUUUUUAUUUGAAAAGUGAAAUUUUAUACAUUGUCAAAACUAAUAACGUAAAAAAUUUUGUUUUAGUGCCGCUUCCCUGCCAGCUACAUUUAGAUGCUUGGAGCAGAACAACAAAUGUGAGCCAAGGUUCACAAAGUUUGUGUUACCGGUUGGGGCUAUGAUUAAUAUGGUAAGUAUAUUACUUUUAAUAUUAUUUUUAAAUUUAGUUUGACUAUGAUGUAUCAUUUUUAUGAUUUUUAUAAUUUUGUGACAUUUCGUUACAUUUUCCAAUAAUUUUUGUGGCACUUCGUUAAAUUUUUCGAUUAUUUUUGUAGCGUUUUGCUAUAUGUUUCGAAAACUUUUUUUGACAUUUGUUACAACUUUUGUGACAUUAUUACAUUUUUCAAUAAUUUCUGUGACACUUCGUUACAUUUUCCAAUAAUUUUUGUGACAUUUUGUCAAAUUACUUAUAUCAACUAAAAAGCAGUUUUUAUUAAUUUCAAAAUGUAUAAUAAUGUAUUUUCAGGACGGUACCGCCUUGUACGAAGCAGUAGCAUCAAUUUUCAUUGCUCAGUUGAACGGAAUAUCACUAUCGAUUGGCCAAGUUUUGACGGUUUCCUUAACUGCCACUUUGGCCUCAAUUGGCGCAGCUUCCAUCCCAAGUGCUGGUCUAGUGACGAUGUUGAUUGUUCUCACGGCUGUUGGGUUACCGGUCGAAGACGUGUCUUUGAUCUUUGCCGUCGAUUGGUUCUUGUGAGUUUCGAAAUUUUGAAAUUAAAAAAUUAAUUUUGAAAAUUUUGAAAAUAAUUUUAAAAUUUUAGAGACAGACUCCGUACCUGUGUUAAUGUGACUGGAGAUGGCUUUGGAGUUGGGUUUGUGCAGGCGAUGUGUACGAGAGGCGAAGUGCACCCCACCAUCGAACCGACACCUACUCAGGUGACUUUCCUCGCUUCUAAUGUGAGCUUAUUUUCCUCCUUCUGUCGUGGCGUUUGCUUUAUACCUUUUACAUGCAAUUAUGGCUAGGGCUUAGGCUAAAACUAUGGCUUAGGCUUAGGCUUUGGCUUAUGCUUAAGCCUAGGCUUAGGUUUAGGCUUAGGCUUAGGCUUAAGCUUAGGCUUAGGCUUAGGCUUAGGCUUAGGCUUAGGCUUAGGCUUAGGCUUAGGCUUAGGCUUAGGCUUAGGCUUAGGCUGAGGCUUAGACUUAGGCUUAGGCUUAGGCUUAGGCAUAAACUUAGGCUUAGGCUUAAUUUCAGACAUAGACUUAGGCUUAUGCUUGAGCUUGGCUAAGGUUAAGGCUUAUAAAUAGGCUUAAGCAUAGGCUUAACCAUUUUCUUAAGAUAAGCUUAGGUUUUAACUUAAACUUAAGCUUAGUUUUAGAAUUUGACUUAAAAAGAAUUAAACUCAUGCUUAGCCUUAGUUGAGGGAUUAAGUUUAGCCUUAAUCUCAGCUUGAAGCCUAUGCUUGAGCUCGAGAUUAUACUUGAGAUUUGUUUUGAAACUAGUUUUACGAUCAAGCUUAGGCGAAGGUUUAGGCUUUUUUGUUCUGUAGCUUAUUUUACCUUCAAAUCGUUUAAUGAUUUAUUUAAAGCUUUGCUCAUUUAAUAUAAAUUAUUAUUUUUUAAAACCUAUUUAGGUAUAAUACCUUUAAUUUCAGAUGUCCGACACCAAAUUCUUCAACUCAUUGGAUCAUGUAGACAAAAAUCGAUUCGAAGAGAGUACGUCGAGUGCAGCCUCCACUGAUUCGAAUGUUCGGAUUCAGAUUGAGCCCACGGAACGGCAUAGACUUUAA